AUGCUUGUCAUGCCCUCAUUUGCAAGUAUUGUACACCCUGACACGAGAGUGAUAAUCGCUCUGAUUGUCGCUCCACUCUGCGCUCCAAGCCCAGCCUUUCAGCCCAGCAUCAUGCGGAUGUUACUGGAUAGCGGUUGGAUGAAGUUCGGGCCAGCGGGCAGAGGUAGCCUUGACUGGGUCCCUGGAUCUGGGCCGUCGCCGCUCCCCUCUCUCGACAAACAUGCUCAGGUGAGUUGAUCAACAGGAUGCACUUGUUAAACAAAAUGGAUGAGAUGUUUAAGAGUAUGUGAAAUAGAAGUAACUAGUGUUGUUCACACCUUUUACUCUGAUAUCGCCAGGGUGACCACUGGAAUGAGUUGACCCCCAGUGAGGACAUCAUGAGCAAAGAGUUAAUCCUUUACAUCGUCGUAGCAACAACUUCCCUCCUUUUCAUCAGCCUCGUUGGCUUCCUGGUCUACAGGAGGUGCUCUACCAGCAAGUUGGCUCUGACCAACAUCAUCGCCCUGGACCUGGAGGAGCUCCAAGAUCUGCAGGACCUCCAGGACCCAGAGAGCAGCACUGACUUCCUGUCCUCACUGGCCUUGCGCAGAGACCAGAUGCCCAGCUGCAGCUCUGAGACGGAUAUGUCUGAUGGAGUCUUCCUCAUGGUCUACCUGCCAACGCCCUAUGAGGAGACCCUCACUAAGUUAGCCCGGGCUGCUAGCAUCCGAAGCUCCAAAGGUGUGGAUCGAUCUGUUAGUGUCCGAAGCUCCAGAGGUGUUGAUAGAGCUGAAGGCACUAGAACCAGAGGUUUGAAUCGAGCUGCCACUGUCAGAAACUCCAGAGAUGUGGAUCCCCCUAAGAUAGACCGAUCUGCCUCUGUCAGAAGCUCCAGAGGUGUGGAUGGAGCUGCCAGCAUCAAUAGCGCCAAAGGCGUGGAUCCACCUGCUUGUCAAGGGAGGACAGAUGAAACCCGGACAGAUGAAGACCCAGUGAAGGAACAGUCCAAGGACUAAGGGCAGGAUUCAAUCAGAUAGCUCCUUUCUGGCUAUGCACCAUUUUAAGCAAACGUUACCGCGGUCGCAGAUAUCGCAUUCAACGCAGAUCUUCCGCGGUCCGGAUUCAAUCCUGGCCAGUAUCAAAAUAACAAUAUUUGUUUGUGAGAGGACGAAGGAGCAUGCAUCUCUGGAUCUUCAUUCCUUCAUUUCUUGCUGCCAGAAACUGAAACCAUAGAGCAGCUUCUCUUUGUGAUUGUAAAAUGUACCUUUGUAGCCUGGUGAAACAGUCUGUUUGUGCUC